AUGGCGAUGAUUGUGCAAUUUUUCUCCUUUUUUCUGCUAUUGACUCAAAUCGAUGCUGUGAUAAAAUAUCGACGAAAAGACAACUUGGGAAAAGUCAAGCUGUUAAGGGAAAUCAAAAUGACGAACUCGACACAAAAUGGGGAAUCGAGUGGGAAAGUGGAAAGCUAUAUGGGAGUGAGUCUGUUGAUGGUUGGCGACUACUCUUUCUACAAGAACUUUUUCGAGAUCGCCGGCGAUGAAGAGGGCGGAUUGCGGUACUCGAAAGAGUACUUGACAGCUAUUUAUGAACAGGUCCGUGCAAUCUACGACGAAAUCCCAUUUGAUUUCGGGAAACUUCACCUCUCAUUGGUGGACACAUUUGUGGCCAUUCGACCCAUUGAUUGUCCGCUUUUACAGCCAGACGACAUGUCUCCCAACGAGCUCGAACGAAAUGUGACCCUCGAGGAGUUGUUCGAGUUGAAAAAUGGAUCCAGCACUGAGCCAAAAUACAGCGGGCCUGAUGCGUUGAGGCAAUUGUUUAAUUGGAAGAAACGAUAUGAGGAUCUUUUACCGCCACACGAUCACACAAUGCUCGUUACAAAGAUGGACCUCCUCUCAUUCUCCGGAUCCGACUCGUCACAGGGAAUGGCUCCAUUGGCCGCUCUCUGCAAGGGUGGAGAAUCGUCAUCGGUUGUGGAAGAUGCUGGGGCGAUGGCCACUGCCAUUAUUGCAGCUCAUGAAUUGGGGCACAAUCUUGGCGCCGCACACGACAACUCAAAUUCCACCGAAUGCAAUCAAUCGUUAACCUAUCUGAUGGCUCCUUCAGUCUCCACAAAAGUCGACGAUGAUCGCUUCUUCAACAUUCGCCGCUUCAGCCCUUGCAGUUUAGAGAAUAUCCACACGUAUCUCAAUAGCUCGAAUGCUCAUUGUGCUCGAAAGAAAGGCCGUUUGUCGAUAAAAUCGAAAAAAGUCUCCGCUCUGCCGAUGGAUUCAUUCCCGGGCGAGCGCUUCUCGGCCACUCAACAAUGCCAAGCCGCUUUCGGGAAAGGAUAUGGUUUGUGCCCGAAAUUGGAAUACGUCAAUCUCGGCGGUGAUCCAUGUAGACGAAUUUGGUGUAAAAAUCGUCGCACGAGAAGGAGUGGGCCGUGUGAAACGUUGCCAUUUUUUCCAGCGUUUGAUGGAACGACUUGUGGAAUGAAUCGGUGGUGCAUGAAAGGCUCGUGCGUUCCAAACGAGAAGCGUUUACUUGAAUGCCAAGAUCUCAACGAUGAUGUGUGUCGAAAGUAUACAAAAGCAAAGCUAAAACACUACUGUAAAUCGAUGAACUUUCAAGCGGUUUGUUGCUCGACGUGCACGAGAGCCAUGUCAAAAGAGUUACAGUUGGAGAAAAAGUUG